UCCGCACCGGCAUCCCUUAUCCUCUCCUUCCCUAGAGGAAGGAUGGAGCCUCUGAAAUCCGAGCGCGCCUUAAGACUCCCCUUUCCUACCUGUUUUCCUGCAUCUGCGCCCUGUCUUUCAUUUCCUGUUUAUUGCCUUCCUUUCUUCCCACCCAGUCCCUUUCUUCUGGGUUUCUAGUCGCGCCGGAUACUAAGUGAAAUCUCUCCUGGAUAUCCCAAUGUCCCCAGAGUCAUUGUUUAGUUAACGUUUUAGACUGAUUGCCUGCGGACUGACUUCGGCCGGCGAUGGAACCAGCUGUCAUUGCUUGCUGCUCACAUUGAACUUGCCUAUAAGCAGCCUAUCUCCUUUUAAUUUUUGUAAAACAUGGCUGAAGACUCUCAAAGAAACUUUCGUUCAGUAUAUUAUGAAAAAGUUGGAUUUCGGGGUGUUGAAGAAAAGAAAUCAUUGGAAAUACUCCUCAAAGAUGAUCCUCUUGACAUUGAGAAACUUUGCACAUUUAGUCAGCGGUUCCCUCUUCCAUCUAUGUACCGAGGCCUCGUGUGGAAAGUGAUUUUAGGGAUCCUGCCUCCUCACUAUGAAUCUCAUGCUCAGGUGAUGAUGUACCGGAAGGAACAGUACACAGAUGUCCUGCACGCAUUGAAAGUCAUUCGUUUUGUCAGUGAUUCCACUCCCCAGGUGGACAUUUACCUGCGCAUGUACCAGCUAGAAUCUGGAAAGUUACCUCGAAGUCCUUCCUUUCCUUUGGAACCAGAAGAUGAACUAUUUCUUGCUAUUGCCAGAGCUAUGGAAGAGAUGGUUGAAGAUAACGUUGACUGUUACUGGCUUAUCAGUUGCUUUAUGAAUCAAUUAAAUACCAAGUUCCGAGAUUCCUUGCCCCAGCUGCCAAAGGCUUUUGAACAGUACUUGAAUCUUGAAGAUAGCCGACUCCUGAAUCACAUGAAGACCUGCUCUGCAGUAACCAGACUACCUUAUGAUCUCUGGUUUGAGAAGUGCUUUGCGGGGUGCUUACCUGAAUCUAGUUUACAGAGAGUUUGGGACAAAGUUAUAAGUGGUUCCUGCAAGAUCCUUGUUUUUGUGGCUGUGGAAAUUUUAUUAACCUUUAAAAUAAAAAUAAUGGCAUUGGACAAUGCUGAAAAAAUCACAAAGUUUUUGGAAAAUAUCCCUCAGGAUAGUUCAGAUGCAAUUGUGAGUAAAGCCAUUGAUCUGUGGCAUAAACACUGUGGGACUCCAGUACAUUCCAUGUAAGCCCUUCACCUUUUGAACCUCCACCUGGUACUGAACUCACGUUUUUCAGAGGCCGACUACAGUUCAUUGUAAAUAUUUUCCCAAAUUGACUAAAAAUGCUUUGGAGUUGUUUUCAUUUUCAUAGUCUAAUUUUUUUUUGUCUAAUUUUUUUUUGGUCUAAUGUUGAAAUUGUAAAUAUUUUUUCAAUAAAACUAUUUAAUUAGGA